GCUCUCGAUAAACCAAAACAAAAAGGGGUCGUCUUUCGUUCGUCACACUUCUUGCAAGCGUCUGCCGUUUCCCCUCCCUUCUUCCCUCUUUCUCACUCGUUCUCCUCCCGAAGAAGAGGGGGCGAAGGCGAAUAACGAAGGGAACAGUUCUCCAAUGUCGGAAGGGGAAGCGGGCCUCGACGACGGCGAGGCCUUUAGAAAGGUUCGUCAAAGGAUCGCCGACCAAUCCAAGAGGGUCGUCCAGACGAAGGAAAUUUUGUCGAAGCAGGCGGUGCAGACGAAAGAAAAGACCAAGGAAAUUUUGUCGAAGCAGGCUGUCAAGAUCGCCAAGCAAGCCGAGGAGCAUGAACGGAUUUUGUUCAAGGUGACCCAUUUGAUGGGGGUUCUUGGAUUUGGUGCAUUUUGCUUCAUAUUGGGGGCACGGCCACAAGAUGUUCCUUACGUGUAUUGCUUGUUCUAUGUUACAUUUGUUCCCCUUCGGUGGAUAUAUUAUCGGUACAAGAAGUGGCAUUAUUACCUUCUGGAUUUCUGCUACUAUGCCAAUACAAUCUUCAUUAUUGUGCUCCUCUUUUUUCCAAAAAAUGAGAAGCUUUUCAUGGUUUGCUUUUCUUUUGCUGAAGGGCCAUUGGCUUGGGCGUUGAUCGUGUGGCGUUGCAGCUUGGUUUUCGGUUCCCUCGAUAAAAUUGUUAGUGUGUUAAUACAUCUCUUACCUGGGAUAGUCUUCUUCACCAUUCGGUGGUGGAAUCCAGAAACUUUUGCUGCCAUGCACCCAGAGGGGAGAGCAGCAAGAGUCUUCUGGCCCUAUGUGGAGGAUAAGUCGUACUUAUGGAUGUGGUUAUUUUGUGUUCCUUUAGUUGCAUACACACUGUGGCAGCUUCUCUAUUUCCUCAUUGUGAAUGUGCUACGUCGCCAGAGACUUCUGCGGGAUCCUGAAGUAAUGACUUCUUACAGGGAACUCUCAAAGAAGGCACAGAAAGCAAACAACAUUUGGUGGCGGUUAAGUGGCUUGCUUGGCGAUCAGAACCGCCCCACCAUGUAUAUCUUGUUCCAGGGAAUCUUUACCGUUGCAACCAUGGCCCUCACCGUCCCCAUCUUUUUGUCCUACGAGAUGCAUGUAAUUUUUCAAAUCCUCAAGGUCUCUGCAACCAUAUGGAAUGGUGGGAGCUUCCUUUUGGAAGUCAUGCCAAGGCAGGUGGUCCUCAAGGAGAAGAAGAAACUGGAGAUGAAGCCCAUCCUGGAGCAGCCUCGGCAGCCAGUGGUGGAUCUCUCAACCAACCACCAGCACACAUCUGACACACCUGACGAGCAAAAUAAUUCAUGAGACAUAACAUAGUGCUGUCUUGCCUGCUGAGGUAGACUGUUGAGGAACCUUUAUAGCAGAUGCGGUUAGAUUAUGUUGCUGUUAAAUUAUUUCUAGAGUAGAUGGAGAUCGCAUUUAUGCCUAUUUCUUAUUCUGCGGACUGGUGGUACGUAUCCGCAUGCUUGAAACGUGACCGCUAGAGGUGAGAGCUGGAGCUUAGAGUUACGUGGCACUCAUUUAUGAGAUGAUGAGAGAGAAUAAUCAUAUCUGCCAUGUAUAAUGCAAAUCCGGACCGGCCAUCUACAUGUAUCAAAAAAAUAGCCAACAACACAGCCUCCGCCGCCUCUCUCUCUCUCUCAUUGUACAGCUUAAGCCCUCGGGGAGGGGGUUGGCCAACGGGACCCAUUUAUCAUUUACAGGUAUCGAAUGUACUUCUUGGAAGACAUGCUUCUAUGUCGAUAGCCCUUGAUGUCUCCACGAUAUCCUCGCCCUCACCUCGCUGAGGGCCGCGCUGGACGACACCUCUUGGCCGCAACUCUAUCCCACCUUGCCUGCCUUCAGCGGCACGGCCUAAUAUUCGCCAUCCAACAUGGGCGCUUGCGCCGCUUGCUGACCAGAAGGUGCAUGCGCGAGCGAUGAACACGAGGACAGCGAGCGCUCCCAGUGGGUGGACUACCAAGAACGUCCCCAGGUUCUGAAAGAAUUGGAGGAGGAAGAGGGAGGAGAUCGUCGGGGCUCGUCCGCUUUUCUUACUCGCGGAGAUGGCCAAGGAACAUGCCAGCCCCACAAUCAUCAUCGCCGAACCCAGGACCAGAGCUGCCCACCGGAGCCUUGCCGCCAGGCCCCGGUCAAUGCCUCUCGCCGGAUCCGCCAUCUUGGUGCGAGACUAUAGAACAAGAGCGGGAGAAGGCCAGGGAGGGAGGAAUUUUUCUUUUUUUCUACUUCCCUCCUCCUGAGGGCAUGGGAAAUUCGGGAAAUAGGCAGGAUUCUUUCUUUUUCGUGCC